UGAUGAAGCUUUUCCUUUGUUUGGCCUUCCUGGGCACAGGAGUCUCUGCAGUGCUGCAGUGCACGGUGAUGCCUGGGAAGCUGAAGCAGAUAGAUGCUGGUAAUGGGGAGGUUUAUGGCGUCAAUGAAAAGGAUGACAUUUACCGCUGGAGUGGGGAUAACUGGGUCCCGAUCCCCGGAAAACUCAUUCAUGUGAGCGUGGGACCCGCCGGUGUCUGGGGCGUCAACAGACAAACUUUUAUCUAUAAGCUGCAGGACAACAACUGGGUGCAAGUAACAGGACUCCUGAAGCAGAUAGACGCCGGUGGUGAGAAGUACCUGUCCGGCGUGAAUGGCUUGGAUUCGAUUUACUGCUUGAAUCAAGAACACACCAUGUCCAGGUCUGCUUCCUUGCCCUUCCUCUUCAUCGACGGGAGUCUGAAAUAUUACAGCUGCGGCCCUUUGGGCUGCUGGGGCGUCAACAGCAACAACCAAAUUUAUUACCGCUAUGGCGUCAGUCCAUCAGCCUGCCGUGGCAGCCACUGGAAACAGGUCGACGGCAGUCUGAUCAUGGUGGAAGUCGGCACAGAUGGCUCCGUGUACGGGGUGAACUCAGCAGGCAAUGUAUACAAAAGAGAGGGAAUUUCUGCAGCAACACCGACUGGGACCUCGUGGACUCAACUGGAUUUCGGUGGCGCGUUUAAACACGUCGCUUACGAUCAGGGGAUUUUGUGGCUUCUCACUGAAAAAGAGGACAUCUUCAAAUGUACCGUCGGCAGAAGAACUCCUGCGUAGCCAAUGUCUCAGCGCUAAUGUUUUCAUUAAAAGAAUGUUGAGGUUCAUCUGAGUGAUAAUACUAUUAGUAGAGUGUUCCCCAAGAAUGGAGUACUUUCACCGGGGCUUUUUUGUCUUUUUGGAGUCAUCUUCGCGCUGACUGACUACCUUCACACUUACAGCCUGCGAUUACCCCCCCGUUAUGGGAUUUCAGAAUAUGGGGCUGGGUGAUGGUUCUCCAUGCCUCCUGUCAUUCUACUCAGUAAUAAAUUAAUUUCAAGCCUUUCAAAACAAUAAACGGCAGCCAUAGUAACA